AAUACUUCAGAAGUGUGAAUUGGGGUUCAAAAAUAUAUUAAUUUAUGAAAAUAGCAUCGAUGCAUCAUUUUCUAAAGCCAUUUCAUCGAUCCGAUCUCCAAUUGGGCAACUACUAAAAUCAGAGGCUGAUUUACAUGAAUUUUAUACCCAAUUCAUAACUGACAUCAAUGGUGUUAUUAUAAUUAAACAUCCUCACGAUGAUUGGUCUCUGAUAGUAAUAAAUAUAGCUUAUAAUUGGAAUUUGAAUAAGAAUAACACAAUGUUCAUAGUUGACACCAAUAAUAAUCGCAACUGCGCAGGAGUAGAAUUCUUAUUAAAGCAAUUGAAAAUGACUUAUUUAUCUGAAGUUUAUAUUUUCUGCAUGCGGAAUUCUACUAAUGUUGGUAUAUUUACUCAUGAUCCUUACGGUAAUGAUAAACAUCCGUUUUGGAGUAAAUUCGAAACCGAAAUGGUUUUUCAUAACAAGUGGACACUGUAUGGACGAUUUUUUCGAAAAGCUUCAGUAUGUCAGAACUUUUUAUUCGACCGUGCUCCAUUGAAUGGUAUCACCGUCUUUAUUGCUGGAAUUAAACACACAUUUGAUACUAAGAAAAUUGGUUUACGUACUUUUCAUAACAAUUUCACAAAAGAUAUAGCUGAUGACAAAAUACAACAGUUUGAAAUCAUGAAAAAAUUAUUAAACAUCAAAAUUAUAUAUUACGAGUGGAAUUAUUAUCCUUCACGGAGAACUAGUGGAUUUUUAGGCGAAAAUUUAAUGAAAAAAUUUCCGCACAUUGAUGUACUUCAUGAAUUACAUAUUUACAAAGUACCAUCCUAUUCAUUACAAGUUUCAGCUCCGAUAAAACGAGUUUUGUUAACAAUUAUCUCACAAAAACGAGGAUACAAAACACCUUCAGAGAAAAUCAUGGACUUUUAUGGAAUAUGGACUCUGAUUUCGUUGCUAACGAUUUUAACAAUUACAUUUGCGGUGAUAUGGUUGAAAAAAAAUAGAAAUUUCUCCUUUGCAUCUUUUGAGGUUAUUCGGCUUCUAAUCAAUACCGAAAUCUUAAUACCAAUCAAUACGUUAUCUCUUAAAAUAUUUUUUUCGGUGAUAUUUUUGUAUUUUAUGGUCCUCCAUGCAACUUUCAGCGGUAAUUUAGCUAAAUUUCUGACCAUCCCGAUAUUACAAACCAAUGUAGAAAUGGUUGAGGACUUAUUAGAUCCACGAAUUAGUAAAAUUUAUCACUCGGGUUUUAAUUUUGAAAGCUACCCUUUCGGAGAUAUUUUGAAAAACAAAUCUCAAAAAAUUGCAGAAUAUCCAUGCUUCGAUUUAGUUAUACAUAAUCCUAAUGUAGCAUGUAUAACGUUAUCAUCGUUUGUAGAGACAUUUUAUUACAAUAUUAUGCCAUCAUCUACAAAAGAGAUGAUGGAAAAAAUUUAUUGGACUACUAGUGAAUUAGAACCGAUGUUCUCAAGUAUUUUAUUUCGUGUAAAAUUUCCUCUGGUCGAACAAUGGAAUAGGGCUAUUUUGAAGACGAUGGAAACUAGAAUUUUCACACGUGUUGUUGAUAAAAUAACACAAAAAAAUCUUAAUAGUUUACACAAAUGGCAGAUCAAGAAUGAAGUAAAUUUUCGGAAGAUUUAUUUUGAAGAUUUGAAAAUUCCUUUUUUACUUUGGAUAGGCGGAACUGUAUUCGGACUAAUUAGUUUCUUCUUCGAAAUAUUUAUUUUUCGGUAUCAAAACAGAAAAAUAUUAGUGAAAACUGUAAAAAUUAAAAAUUCUGAAAAGAAACUAAGAGAAAAGCGAAAGCGAAAAAUUUUGUUGAAAAGAAUGUUAAAAGUAAAUUGCUUGUGAAUUCAAUAUAUAUAAUCCUUAAUUACAAUUCUCAAUAUUAUUUAGCAAAUUGUUCAAUAGUAUCUUUCACGUAAUUUGUCGUUUUGUCUCGGACUGCAAGUACGUGGUAUUUUACCAAUCACAAAGCUGAGUGAUAAAUUGAUAUCUUUUCAACAUGAGUUUUUGAAAAUAGUGCAUUACUUAAGUAAGUAAAAUAUAUUUUACAAUCAUUUGUGAACAAUUGUAAUCCUUCAAUAAAAAAUAUAAUCGUCUAAGCUCUAUUGUGAAAUCAAUUGACGAUGUGAAUAAAAUGAAUGGAAAAUUAUUCCUACGUGAUGACAAA